GAUUUAAUUCUAUCAGAAGUGUGUCUGUUGUAUAUCAGAAGAAUGCCAUCGGGUCCUAAUCGUUUAUUUGUUUUGUGAAAGGACAUAUAGUUUUAUUAGAAGAUUGUCUGGUAUUGGGUCCUUAUCGUUUACUUGUUUUCUUCAAGAAGAUCUAAUCCUAUCAGAAAAGUGUCUGGUAUGGAGCCAGAUCAUUUUCUUGUUUAUUUAUCAAAAGAAUGUCUGGUAGGGGCCAAAUUGUUUACUUUUUUUGUAAAAUGAGAUCUAGGUUUUUAUCAGAAGAAUGUCUGGUAUAGUGGCCAAAUUAAUAACUAGUUCUAUUAUAGGAGAUCUAGUUUUAUCAGAAGAAUGUCUGGUAUAGUGGCCAAAUUAAUAACUAGUUCUAUUAUAGGAGAUCUAGUUUUAUCAGAAGAAUGUCUGGUAUACAGGCCAAAUUAAUAACUAGUUCUAUUAUAGGAGAUCUAGUUUUAUCUGAAGAAUGUCUGGUAUGGGGCCCAAAUCAUUUAUCAGAUCUGUUUUGUCUUGAAUGUCUGAUACCUUUAUCAGAACAGACAUGUUGUAAACAUUGCGGAUUUCCUCUCUGUCAGCAACAUUUAGAAACUCAUCCAAUCCAUCAGAUUAAUGAGUAAGCCUGAUGCCUGGAGACUAAUCAGUAAUCUAAUGGAUCAUAGAGAAGAACGUUUAGCAGAAUACGACAUUUACAUUGAUCCUUACAAACAGACUGUUAUAAAUAAGGUGGUUGAAGAGCUCAAGGUUGGAACGAAUGAGAAUAUUGUCAAGGUUCUAGGAUAUCUGGAUAUAAACUCUAUCGCUGUUCGAGGCUUGGAUGGUGUAUACAGGGGCAGAGGAAUAUAUCCUAUUGCUAGUUUAAUGAAUCAUUCUUGUAUUUGCAACACCAGAAAUAUAAUUAAUCACACAAAACUGGAUACUCGUGCCACUGUUAGUAUAAAACGAGGAGAAUGUAUAACAACCCAUUAUGUGUCUCCUCUUCUAGCCGUUUAUAACAGGAGAGAAAAGCUGAAGGAACGAUGGUUUUUUGAGUGUUCCUGUCCUCGGUGUAACUCAAGCACAGAUCUUCAAGCAUUUACUAGUGGAGUAAAGUGUACUAAGUGUACUAACUACCAAGUACCUGUGUACCCUCUACAGUUCAAAUCCAAGUACAGAUGUCUAGGAUGCCAGGAGGAGAUAUCCUGUGAUAAUGUAAACAAACUUGUUGCUUCCCUGGAACCAUUGGUCCAAGCUCUCAAUGUUUUCCAGAUGCCAGGGACAGACACUGAGGAAAGUUUGAUAAGAACCCUGGAAGAAAAACUACAUCCAACCCAUCAACUAGUUCUAGAUAUAAAAAUCAAUCUUGCCAGAAAACUGGGAAGAACUACAGGUUUACUGAGAUGUGCAGAGAGGAGUGUUGUGAAAAAUAAGAUAAAUCUAUGCAUUGAAACUUUAGGUGUAAUGAAGAUUGUGUACCCUGGAUUAAGCAAGUAUCGUGGGCUUCUUCUAUACGAGCUGGCAGACUCACUUGCUCUUAUUCAUACCUGGAUACUAGACAAACAGAUUAGUUCGAUACAUGGAGAAACUGAUCCAUCCCAGAUAUUAGAUCCAGUAUCCAAUUCGAUACCUGGAGGCACCGAUCCAUCCCAGAUAUUAGAUCCAGUAUCCAAUUUGAUACCUAGAGACACCGAUCCAUCCCAGAUACUGGAUAUUCCAUGGAUAUUUGGGUCCGUAGUGAAAUUAUUAAACCUGGAUAUAUCUCCUACAACUUCUCCAGGUGCUGAUUGGCUUAAAAUGUACAAAUAUCUCAGCUUGGUCGUCAUAGAAGAAAGUUUGUGUUGCCUGAGAUUUGAACGAGAUGUGAGCUAUGAAGGAGAUAUUUAUAGAAACCUAAUCAACAUGAAGAACUCACUAGAACGGGAAAAUUAAGAACAUAAAAAAUUUAGUUUUAUUUUAGAAAUAAAAUUAUGUCAAGUGUUUAGUUCAGAUAAUAUAGUGGUAUUUAGAA